AGCAAAACGCGGUCACACUGAUAACCUGGUGCUUUUAUUAGUUUUGUUUAUUUAUUAUUAUUUCUUAUUUCUCAUUUUUAACAACAACAAAAUGCCUAUUGUGGUAAAAACACAAAACGCUGGCAAAGGCGAUUGGGCCAUCAUAGAGCUGCAGGGAGACCUGGAAGUGAGGGCCAACCAGGACAUGCACGAUCAGUUUAUAGGCGAUCUUUACUACAACAAAUAUGGACAGCCUAUCCUCAUCAUUGGCCAUCACAUACUCCAAGGACGUGAACAAAAGCUGGAGAAACCCUUUGCCGUUCUAGAAAAAUCAAAGACCAACGAUGGCGAGCGACUCCUGGACACCAGCUUGGCUCCCUCGCAGGACAUGAGCCUGCUGAAUGCCACCACUGGCGCCGAGAGAACCGUCUUGGAUCACACCAUAGCCCAGGAGCACAAAAGUAGCCAGAGAACCGAGUACACUGUACGUGCCAUUUGCACCAAAAAGCUGAUUUUUAAGUCACGGCCCAAACCCAUCAUAGCUAAUGUGGCCAAAUCCGUUUGAAGUUAAUCAAAAUAUAUAUUUAUUUUCUGUUAUAAAAGAUUCCAAA